UCAGACUCUAAGUGCUGCUACUUGCUUGUAUAAAUAGAUGCCUAAAGCUGAAGUUACCAGCACCUUCAACUCCGACUGCCCAAGUAUUAUAGCCAGAUAUAUUGAAAAACCAUCAAAUGAACAUCCUUGAAUCUUCCACUCAUAGUAGCCGCCAAGUGGCGAUCAAUGAGAUUGAGCACCAAAGGGCUCUCAUGAUGGACCUACAUGACCUUAUCCUACCAAUACUUGAUACCCAUAGUGGGCAGGCGAAGCUUGUUCAGCAACUCUUUCAAGAUAUAUUCAAUUCCUCAAGUAAGGUUAUCUCUUUUCUAGAACUUGGUGACAACAGUGAGAAGCAGGCCAAUCUUAUCAAAUAUAAAAGAAAACAUGGUAAGAACAACAUGGAGAGUCACAUAUUGGAGGAGGAAACCAAGGAAAUUGGAAACAAGAGAAGGAAGAAUGCGGAACACAUAGGUUCAGUUGUGACACAAGCACCAUACUUUGAUGGAUAUCAAUGGAGGAAGUAUGGGCAGAAGUGGAUCUCCAAAGCAAAGCAUUCUAGGAGCUAUUAUAGAUGUGCCAAUAGUAAAGGGCAAGGGUGUCUUGCAACCAAGACUGUGCAACAGAAGGAAACCGAUGGAAGUGGAACGGUGAGGUUGUUCGAUGUUGACUAUUAUGGCCAGCACAUUUGCAAGAAGGAUGGCAUAAUUCAUCCAUAUGUUGUUGAGACAACGUGCCAUAGUGUCCCAAUUGUCAAUCAUAACCAAAGCAGUAUCUCAACGUUUGUCAAUAAUGAUGUCCAUGGAAUUCAGGACGAAAACUAUGAAAACUUAUUCAUGGUGCCAGACAUGCCAGAAUGUUUGAAAGAUUUGACAGAUACUGAAAUGGAAAGGGCACUGGAGCUUACCUGUAUGAACUUGCCACUGAUCUCUGAGGAUAUAUGGGCAUAACGAAAUGAGAAACGAGCUCCUCUGAUUUCACAGAUAUGUAAAUCGGCUAGUGUGGCCCAAUGAGUUUUGACAAGAAAAGGGCAUGUAUUUUACCAGUAGUGUAAAUUAAGUGUGAUAAGCCAAAACAGAAUAUGCAGAAAGUAAUCAACGGAAAGAAAUGAUAUCUUAUAAAACUGGUGCACGGUGUCCAGCAUUCUAGAAUGUUGAUGUACUAUCUAGGCCCUCCUUUGACACAGAAUAGUAAACCAUGAAUACUUUUCCUUGUAAGUCUGUAAAGCUACCUGCAAAGUCUUCCCAGAUGGUAAUUGAAGUCCUCCUGAUAUUUGUACUGUCUGGGCUUCUCUUUGACCCAGAAUAGAAAUGCUCAUAUUUUCACAUA